GUGUGAGAGAGAGAGAGAGAGAAAAAACAAACCAAUAAGAAGACGGUUGAAGCCUGGUCAUCUGAGCAACAAGUGUAAAUCAAAACACACAUGUAAACAAUGCAAAGGUCAUCACCAUUCACUACUCCAUUUACCAGAUACUACAUCGGGUAUUAUCGUGACCUUUGCGCAAACAAAAGGGGAUAAUCAGAGCAAUUCAAACGCGCAUUAUAACACUUCGGUGACUUCAAGUCACAUUGCCCAAGCAGAGGGCACACCAUCGAUUGUAUGUGCGCAAGGCACUACACAAUCUACUCAAGCAAAAGGAUUGAACAGAAGCAUAUUACCCACGGCCAUGGUUUAUGUUAAAAACGCAAAUGGGGACUACAUAACAUGUCGCGUCUUAUUGGAUACUGGCUCAGAACUCUCGUAUAUAUCGGAACGUUGCAUUCACGCUCUUGGAUUGGCACGUUCACAAUCACGCAUCCUUGUUUCGGGAAUAUCUUCAGUAAAAGCCGACACCACAAGGGAAUUCAGCACACUUCACAUCAAGUCCCGAAUAUCUGAGGAUUAUUUGACUGUAAACGCCCAUGUACUUGGCAGAAUCACUUCAUCAAUGGGAAGGCAAAACAUUGAUGCAUCGGCACUCGAUGUGUUUAGUGAUCUUCAAUUGGCUGGGUAGCGAACACGUAUGGUCUACAUUUACAGGAAGGAAGAUGUAUGACAGCAAGGGUAAUCUUAUCGCCAUUUCAUCAAUUUUUGGAUGGGUUAUUACGGCACUCAUGACACCCCAAGCAAGCAACGCAAUUUCACUAACAACAACAUUGGAUAUAGAUGCUUCGCUCCAGAAGUUUUGGGAGCUGGAGAACGUCGACUGCACGACCAAACUUGAACCCGAAGAUGAACAGGUCGAGAAACACUUUCUCACCACACACACUCGCGAUGCAAAUGGGAAGUAUAUCGUGGAGCUUCCAUUCCACACCACACACCCGGAAUUUGGAGAUACUCUACAAGGAGCUCUACAGCGUUUCCAAAUGGUUGAACGUCGCUUGCAACAGAAUGAGCAGCUACGAAUACAAUACAUACAUUUCAUGCGAGAAUAUCAGACUUUGGGACACAUGCGACAACUGCACACGGAAGAAAUCACCUCUGGGCAACAUUUCUACAUGCCACACCACCCUGUGUUGGGUCGAAAACUCCGAGUAGUUUUCGACGGGUCAUUCCGCGACGCCAAUGAAACUGGCAUACAAAACGAAGUCAAAACCAAUUGUUUGUCUACAUUGGCCGAAUCACAAUUGGAUAACCGCUGGAAGAACUAAUAGCCCGAGUCUCCUCCUGGUGGAAGCUGGUGCACACUAUUGGCUAUGUCCUUCGCUUCAUUCAACGCACAAAACAUCCAUCUCGGGACAGGAGCUCCCAAUCUCUAACAUUUCAUGAGAUACGGACUGCACGGAUUCUGUGUUUGCGUUACGCGCAAACCUGCUUUCAAGAUGACUACCAAUUGCUACUUGCCAAGAAGCCAGCUUGUGAAACUGUCACCAAUCAUUGACAAAGACAAUCUACUCAGGGUCGGCGGACGAUUGCAUCACUCUCAAUUGCCAGAAGAGGCGAAACAUCCAGUUUUGCUGCCAAAGACUCAUCGCAUCACGAAACUGAUCUUGGAACACGAGCACCGGGUCAACCUCCACCCUGGUGUUUCUGCACUCUUCGUAAUUGUUCGGCAAAGGUUCUGGAUAUUUGGCGCACGUAACCUCGUACGCAAAAUCACGCACGAAUGUUUGGCAUGCUUUCGACAAAGACAGCAUACAUCACAGCAACGAAUGGCUGAUCUACCCAGCAUUCGUAUCACACAAGCACUGCCAUUUGUCAACACCGGUUGCGACUAUGCUGGGCCAAUCCUUCUCAAGGAUGGCAAGGUUCGCAAGCCACGUAUAAGCAAGGGCUAUAUAUGCCUAUUCGUUUGCCUGGUCACAUCGGCAAUACAUUUGGAACUUGCCACGGAUCUCACCACUGAAACGUUCCUGGCUGCACUGCGGCGCUUCAUAUCUCUACGUGGCAAGUGUGCCAAAAUCUACAGUGACAACGGCACAAAUUUCAUGGGCGCGAAACGCUCUCUUGAUGAAAUGCAAACCCUACUGGCGUCACAGCAACACACCGACCUGGUUACUCAUACCCUGGCGGAUGACGGCAUACAAUGGGUAUUCAUUCCGCCUGGCUCACCUCAUUGGGGUGGAAAAUGGGAAUCGGCAGUUCGAUCUGUUAAACUGCACCUUCGACGAGUCGUCGGAACCUCAAUGCUUACAUUUGAGCAGAUGCGCAAGUCAGCGCAGUGGUCAACUCACGUCCUCUAUGCUACACACCGGAUACUGAGGUCAACUAUUUAUCGCCGGCUCACUUCUUAAUUGGACGACCAUUCACCACUAUACCGGAGGCUGACUUGGGUCACAUUACUGUGGGUCGAUUGGGGUACUGGAAGAGUAUCCAGUCCAUGUACCAAGGCUUCUGGAAACAAUGGCAUCAGGAGUACCUGACCACUCUUCAACAGCGUCCAAAGUGGACCACGUCUAACCCUAAUAUCUCGAUCGGAGACGUUGUGCUUGCUAAGGAGUCCAACAGCCCACCGGCUUCAUGGCACAUCGCAAGAGUUAUAGAAGCCUAUCCAGGAAAGGACGAACUGGUUCGAGCUGUCAAGCUUAAGACCGCAUCUGGAGAAUUAACCCGACCAAUUACUAAAAUCGCGGUAUUGCCCCGUUCCGAAACUUUGUUUCAGGGGGGGCCGGGAUGUUGAGGAACGUAUAACAAGUCCAUCGCUAAGCGAAGAACCAUCAGCAAAGGAGAACAAGAUGAGAAUGGAAGAGACGAAAAUUUGUAUACACACAUAUUCUUACCGCCGCUGCGACGGCAUUUUCUCAGUACCAAAUAGACAUCGAACUGGACAAGAACAAAAUAAAUGCGGUCCACUAAAAUCAAAUCCGUCGAGCAUAUUAUUCGCGAACAGCUUGGAAAAUCCCGAAAGAACACCGGAAAGCUGAGAAUGAUAUACUAAACUUUAUAGUCCAAAAUAUUCCUAUGAAGCUAAAUGGAGCUAUGCAUCUUUUAGCGUUUACCCUUCUUUAGACUACAGGGUAUUCGGAGACGAAGCAAAGGCAUUUAAUUAUGCUUCGGCUGGGAACGUUCAAUGUCAAUCAGGAAAGCUCUGUUUAUUUUUUAUGCAAACACUGUCGUUGCUGCCUCUCGGUAACCCUACUCAUAGAUACAUAGAUACAUACAUAUGUGCAUGUACACAGGCAAUUAUUGAUGUCAAUCAAAUCAUUUAUAGAGAUCAGAAUCGUUGGAGCUCUCGUAUGUAGAAUGAAUUUCAAUUCGAAUCGAGGAGGAGUACAAGUUCAGGGACAGCCAUCAACCAUCAUCAUCAUCAUCAUACGUUUGUCAUUUGUUUACCCGCACAAAUAUUCCCUUUCAAAUCUCGUCUCGUCUCGUCUCCUCUCUCUCUCUCUCUCCCUACCAUUCACUCUCUUUGAGGAAUGGCAUUAGUUUUGGGUAAAUAUUUUCCAACAAAUAUUUAACUUGACACCCAAUCCGGUGCGUGUGUGUGUGUGUUCACUCUCCCCCACACAGUUCACCUGCACUCAGGUAAGUUUGUGCUAUCUCUCUCUCUCUCUCUCUCUCCUUAGGGAGUCUGUUUCCAACAGUCCCCCGUUAGUCGUUUGCAAAUGUUUACCGCAUUAUCGGUAUCCAAAAUGUGAUUGUAACUGAUUCAUAAGUCAACUCAUUCCCGUCAUUCGACUGGCAAUUCACCAAAAGCCCACUUUCGAGCAGGGCCCAGACUGUACUGUACCGAUAUGCAACAUAAAUCACCAUUAAGC